CUUCAUCUAAUGCACUGGAACUCCACACUGUACAGCAGCAUUGAUGAGGCAGUAGGGAAGAAGCACGGCAUAGCUAUUAUUGCUUUGUUUGUGCAGAUAGGAAAAGAGCAUGUAGGCCUAAAGGCUGUAACUGAAAUUCUCCAGGACAUCCAGUACAAGGGAAAGUCCAAAACAAUACCCUGUUUUAAUCCCAACUCUUUAUUGCCAGAUCCUCUUCUGCGUGACUACUGGGUAUAUGAGGGCUCUCUAACCAUUCCACCCUGCAGUGAAGGUGUCACCUGGAUAUUAUUUCGUUAUCCUUUGACUGUGUCCCAAGUGCAGAUAGAGGAAUUUCGUAGACUGAGGACACAUGUCAAAGGUGCAGAACUUUUAGAGGGCUGUGAUGGAAUCCUAGGAGAUAACUUCAGACCAACUCAGCCACUUAGUGAUAGAAUCAUCAGGGCUGCAUUUCAGUAGCAAGAAGAGGAAAAACAAUAGAAAUAAAUCUUUAUUAAGAGAGGGGAAAGACAAUGCUCCCACAGUGCCCUCAGAUGAGAAAUGGAAACUCUUGAGGCUGCUGCUUCAGUUGAACCACAAAGCCUGUAUUGUUUGUCUUCAUCUAAUUCAGCCUUGAUAGACAGCUGUGACAGUUGGUCUGUCCACACAGUCCAGUGAAUUUCUGGCAAUGAGGCUGUACAUUAAAAGAAGAAAACACAUUAACUCUUCCAAUUCACACUGUUAACUAUUUUUAAAUUGUAAUUGUCAUUGCUUAUAUAGUUUCUUUGCCAUAGCAUUCAGUAGUGGUCUCUGAUCCAAAUAGUACUAAUUUUAAGCUUAGUAUGAAUGUUAAUAUGUAGAAAUACUCGUUACUGUUUUAAAUGUUAGAUUUAAUUUUAUUCUAUAUCAUCUCCUAUGCUGUCAGUAACCAUCUUUUCUGUAGAGGGAAGGUGCAUUCUAUAAAGCUAAUAAAAACAUUGUUUAUUCAC